UGUUACAAAUCAAACCCCUUCUGCUUCAUUCCAUUCCAUUCAAUGUUUCACUUCCUUCACAAACACCACCACCACCACCAAACUGACAUUAUCGUACAAAGACAGAGACAGUGAGAGAGAGAAAGAGAGAGAGGUCGUGGUCUUGGUCGUCGUGGUGGCGGUGGUCCUCACAGGCACAGCCAUUCUCUCUUUCUUUCUUCUCUCCUUCUGUCGCUUCUUUUUCUACCUUAUUUCACCGUUCUAUCUCUUUGGGUUUCGUUGCUUCGAGGCUCACAAAAAUGGAGGCGACCAAGACGCAGUGUGAACCACCAAACCCGCCGCCGGUUUCCUUCGCCACUGCCGCCAAGCUGGAGGAAUACGAUGACGACUUCGAGGAAGAGGAAGAGGAAGAAGAAGAAAGUGGCCCAUUCGGGUCGGGUUCGGAAAAGGGUUGUGCUAAGAAUAAGAAGAGGAAGAAAAAAUUGGUCUUUGGUGGUGGCUUGGGGGCUAGCGGGGGCAGCGGUGGAGGUGGUGGUGGAGUUGGGGUGUCGCCGCCGCGGUGCCAGGCGGAGAAGUGCCCCGCCGACCUGACCAAUGCCAAGCGGUACCACCGCCGGCAUAGGGUUUGCGAACUCCACGCCAAGUCCCCUGCGGUCGCCGUCGCGGGUCUCCGGCAGCGCUUCUGUCAGCAAUGCAGCAGGUUUCACGAGCUAGCGGAGUUCGACGACGCCAAAAGGAGCUGCCGGAGGCGUUUGGCGGGGCACAACGAGCGGCGGAGGAAGGUGUCAUCAUCGGAAUCCCAAGGAGAAGGAUCUGGCCGCCGCCGGCCGGCCGUCGGAAACCACCGCUGGGGGGAAGCCGGCGACGGAGGCAGAACUCUGAUAACUGUUCCGGGGAAUCCCAGUUACAAAGAAUUCCACAUCCAUUGACAGGUCCGGUCCACUCACAGUGCUUGCUCUCUUCUGUCAUUUCACAGCUUCUGUUGCUGCCUGCUGUGAGCUUGAUUCCAAACGCUCCAGUACAAUAAUCUGUAAUUAUUGUAAGUACCUUCGCACCUGUUCAUUGCUUUGUCUUCGUUUUGUUUCGUUCGCAGUGGGCCGUCUCUAUCUCUGUGCGUUGGACAUCUUCUUCCCUGUAGUAAUGCCUGUGGCAGUUGGUUC